AUGCUUAAGUUAUUUAUUAUUGAAAACGGCGGUCCACCUUUAAUGGGCCGUACGUGGAUUAAGAAAUUGAAAAUAGAAAUUGUUGAAUGUCACAAUAUUAGCGACUCGGAGUCGGUAGCAAAAGCUUUGAGAGACGAAUUCCCUGAAGUGUUUGCAGAAGGUUUAGGUACAUUCAAGUCACCUGUAUCGCUGCACCUCAAGGUUGAAACUCCUGUGUUUGUGAAAGCGCGGCCGCUGCCAUUGGCACUGCGCCCGCGAGUCGAAAGCGAACUCAAACGAUUAGAAUACGAAGGGGUUAUUUACAAAGUCGAAAGGUCAGAAUACGGUACGCCUAUUGUCCCUGUUCUUAAGUCCAAUGGCUCAAUCAGGAUAUGUGGGGAUUAUAAAAUAACCAUAAAUCCGAUUUUAAAAGAUUUUCAUUAUCCUUUACCGCGGAUUGAAGAACUUUUUGAGACCUUGGGGGGCGGCGAACAGUACACAAAGCUUGAUUUAUCAAAUGCGUUCCAACAAUGUUUAUUGGAUAAAAAAUCACAGCCGCUGACAGCAAUUACCACUCAUAUAGGGACGUUCAUUUACAAAAGAGUACCUUUUGGAAUAAAAUGUAUUCCUGAAAAUUUUCAAAAGAUUAUGGAGGAAACAUUGAGUGGUUUGCCUUCAACGGCUGUAUUUGCAGAUGACAUAUGUGUAACUGGAAAGGAUAAAACUACCCAUUUAGCAAAUUUGAGAGCAGUGUUAGAAAGUUGCACCAUAUCACCCAUCGAGCAAUGGGCGGCUGAAAAUGCCGUGAAAAUGAUUAAGAGGGCAUUAAAAAAGGCCCAAGUUGAUAAUGAAAAUGUUAAUACGGCACUCAGUAAAUUUCUUUUCUCAUAUAGAAACACUGAACAUAGUACCACUGGGUGCGAGCCCGCAAUGCUUAUGUUCGGACGACGGUUGCGUGGUCGACUGGACCUGCUGCGGCCUGACACACGAGACUUGGUGCGACAGCGGCAGGAGAUUAGUGAGCAGCGACGGGACACCGCUCUGCGGGCGGCUGAGCCCCAAGAUUCCGUGCUAUUACGGGACUAUUCUCAAAACCGGGGAAAGUGGACUGAAGGGACGGUGGUACGUCGAGAAAGUCCAGUUUCUUAUACAGUAAAGUCUCAAGAUGGUCGUGUACACAAGAGACACAUUGAUCAAAUCUUAACAACUAAACAUCCAAAGUCUCGAUUUUCAUUGUCAAAGGUGGAAGAGGAGGCGUAUGACAUAACUGAUACAGAGUCAAUGGCGAAGCCUGACACUGAUCAGGACGAUCAAGUCGCAGAAGAAUGGCAACUGGCACAGGAGUCGCCUCCCUCGAGAACCGUGUCUGAAAGACGUGACGACAACACCAACAGACAACAAGCGACGACACCGAAGAAUCGUGUAUAUAGAAAGGCUGCAUUACGCUGCAUUGACAAAUUAAAAGAGAUGUAA